UCUUAAAUAGAAAUCUCGUCUUUGGACUUUGGCGGUGCGUGGGUAGUAUCGUCAUUUUCAAAAAUUAGAGUGCACUUGACUUCCAUCUAUUGACACAAAUUAAGUAGUAACUCUCUCUACUCUCUCCUUGGUUCUUACACUCUCAUUCCUCACUCGCUUCUUCAUUCAUCACACUCCAAAAUCCAACACUUCUCUGCAACCCCUCUCCCCCCUCUCAUGGCGUCUGGGCAAGCAGAUCAGGAACCCUCACAACCCCCUCUUCAAUACCAGACAUGGGUUCUGAAAGUUUCCAUCCACUGUCAAGGCUGCAAAAGGAAAGUCAAGAAAGUGCUUCAAAGCAUCGAAGGUGUUUAUACAAUAAAUAUUGAAUCCCAGCAGCAAAAAGUUACGGUGACCGGCAACGUCGACGCGCAGACCCUGAUCAAGAAGCUGGUGAAAACCGGCAAGCAUGCAGAGCUCUGGCCGGAGAAGCCCGCCGCCGGCAAGGAGAAGAAGAAAGAAAAAGGAAACGAGAAAGACACCGAGCCAAAGAGCGGCGAAAACAGCGAAGAGGAAGAGGAGGAGCAAACGCCGGAUAACGGCAACGUUAACGGCGGUAAUCUUCACGUCAAGAUCAGCUCCCCGAGGCUCGCCGGCGGAAACGGCGGAGCUACGGUCAAGUUCAUGGUCGAGCAGCCGCCGGGAAAUUCCUCCGCCGGGGAGAAACCCCCGCCGCCGGAGAACAAAGGCGGCGGCGGUAAAAAGAAGAAAAAGCGAGGGCGAAAAGGGAAUAACAGUAAUAAUAACAAUAACAUUAGUGGUGGGAACAAUGCGGGACCAUCGUGUAAUGGUGCGGCGUCGGGCACGGGAUUGGAGAUUCCGAGGGUGGGAUUCACGCAGGCCGUUGAUCAGAUCAAUCUCAGCCCUCCAACACAGAGUGCGUAUCAUUAUCCGCACCCGGUUUAUGCUGCGCCGCAGCAAGCGUACGUGGUGAGCUACAAUGCGGCGUAUCCCACCGUAGCGGGUGCGCCGGGGUACUACGUGCCUCCUUCCCCGUACGCCUACGUGUAUGGGCAGAUGGAGGAUUACGCGGCGCAAUCGCAGCCGUUGGAUUCGUUCGAGAUGUUGAGCGACGAGAACCCUAAUGGAUGUUGCAUCGUGUGAUCAAAUUUCAUGUGUUUUUUUUGCCUUUUGUUGGAAUGUAUAUAGAGAAUUUUGAUGUGGUGGUUGAAAUGAUAUGUAGUGUCUAAGGUUGCAUUAAAAUAUUUUAAUGCUCAUUUUGUAGUGGAGUUUGAGUUUAAAAAUUAUCUAGAUGUAAUAUGGAAAUAUAUCAAUAUAUAUGGUAUAGUCUUUUAUUACAAA